GUACGUUAUGUCAGUUUAGAAUCAUAAAUUGUUUCUUUUUCUAAAGAGCCAUGUCAAAGCUGUCAUAUUUUCUCAUGUAAAAUGGAAGAAGGGAUAACUGUUGGGAAUUGUAACAUGAACGCUGUAUUCAGUCAUUCUAUGUACAAUCGCGAGUAACAAUAACAGAUGUAUUUUCAAAAUAUCUUUUAUUUGCAAUUAAUUGUUGCAUCGUACGCAAGUAAUAUGGAUAUCAUUCGCGAUUAUUUCAUUUUUAAAAAUGUUUCUAGAGUGGCUGGAUUUUCUUGUGGAAACAUUGAAAAUGAUUAUCAAAUUUUUAAGCUUCUAAAUGAAGCAGGGAUUGGAGUGUCUAUUACUCAAUUUACAUCGAUAAUGAAUAUACCACAAUUUUUGCAUACUACUUAUUGGAAUUUAGGUAUAUUUGUGGAUCUAGAAUGUUUAGUUUCAGACGAGGAUAUAGUGAAACUUUUUUACGAGACUUCAACCUAUUACAUGUUCGAUCAUUUACAUCAAUGGUUGAUUUUGGAGAAAAAUAUGAAUCACAUACUUGAAUUAUUAAAUGAUAAUAUGUUUAGUAUCAUUACGGAUGUCACAAUUGCUAUAUCAAAAGACAAUGAUUAUAUUUUGUAUGACGUAUACAAUCAUUGCAAAAAUCACGGUGGUUUGUUAAAUAUUACAAAACUUGGUACCUGGACUAAAAACAAUGGAUUACAAAUUAUUUUACAGACAAAUAAAUUCUCCAGAAGAUGGAAUUAUCAUAGGAUGAAAAUAAAAGUUGCUGGGCUUGUAGUAAAUAGACCUAAAAAUCAAAGUUUGAUAGAUUAUCUUCAAGAAGAAAAUUUAUACGAACACACAGAUAAUUGGUCUAAAUUUGGAUAUGCUAUUAUGGAACAUAUUAAACAACUAUUUAAUUUCACUUUUGAAUUAAUAGAAUUAAAUCAUUGGGAAAAAAAUGAUAGUAAUGGCCCAUUAAUUGCUGGUUUCAAAAAUGGCAUUUAUGAUUUAGGAUAUUUUCCAUCAAUUUUGACAAAAGAAAGAUUCAAUUAUGCAGAUGUAAUUAUGCAAGUUUGGCCUGUAAGAACAUGCUUUAUGUUUCUUACUGUACCUUCAUUAAAAGUGAAUAUGAAUAUAAUCUUUAGACCAUUUGCAAGAAAUGUUUGGUAUAUGAUUUUAUUAUUAACAGUCACAAUAAUUCUCAGCUUAUGGAUUAUUCUGAAACUUGAAAAAAAUGAUUCUGCUUAUGGAUCAACAAUUCUUAUUAUUAUUGCUGCAUUAUGUCAACAAGGUUUACCAUUUUUUAAUAAUCAAUUUUCAAGUCGUAUUGCUUUUCUUCAAACCAUGAUUUUUGGUUUACUUGUAUAUAAUUAUUAUUCAGCAGCUAUAGUAUCCAGUCGAUUGAAUGCACCUUUAGAUAAAAUGAAUGAUUCAUUAUAUUCAUUAAUAAAUAGUCGAAUGAAACUUGUAGCAUAUAAAGAUAUUUAUUUUAAUAUUCUAUUGCAUGUGAGUUCGAAUCUUGCAUGCAAAUAAAAUUAGAAUUUUUUUAUAAUUUUGUUUUUAUCAUGUAUAAAAUUAA